GCGCUGCAGUCCACCGUGUCCAGCGUUUCCCCCACUUCAGCAAAACUCCAACAAAUUGAGCUUGAUUUGAACGAACGCCACCAACUAUAGUAUUCGAAAACAGACAGGAUGGCACCCUCUGAUUUCGCGAAGGCUGAUUUAGACGAGGUCGUGGAGAAAUUGACCGUCGAGGAGGUUACUCAAUUGAUUGCGGGAGUGGGGUUCUGGCAUACGGCUGCAAUUCCGAGGUUGGGUGUACCUGCGGUGAAGGUUAGCGAUGGUCCCAAUGGCAUUCGAGGAAAUCAUUUCGUUAUGGGAACCCCUGCGAAGUGCCUUCCGUCUUCGACUGCUAUGGGCGCCACUUUCGACACUGAGCUGCUCGAGGAAGUCGGUCUGAAGUUGCUAGCUGCUGAGUCGAAGCUGAGGGCAGCGUCUAUUGCCUUGGCACCGACUUGUAACAUCCAGCGGAACCCUCUUGGAGGUCGUUCUUUCGAAAGUUUCGCCGAAGAUCCUCUCCUCUCCGGCCUCAUUGCCGCUGCGUACGUCAGAGGCGUGCAGAAAGGAGGCAUCGGUGUUGCCAUUAAGCACUUUGUUUGCAACGACAAAGAGAACGACCGGAUGGGCUAUGACAGUAUUCUCAGUGAACGCGCUCUCCGCGAGAUCUACCUCAUGCCUUUCAUGCUCGCGCAGAGGUACGCCGAGCCUUGGUCCUUCAUGACCUCUUACAAUCGCGUGAACGGCACCCACGCCUCGGAAAAUACAUACCUCAUACGCGAUAUCUUGAGGAAAGAGUGGGGCUUUCAAGGCAUGACGAUGAGCGAUUGGUUCGGCGUGUACAGCAUCGACCAUUCCAUCAAUGCUGGAUUGGACCUCGAGAUGCCUGGCACAAAUAAAUGGCGCACUAAUGACCUGGUGACUAGAUCAAUCGGUUCCAGAAAGAUCACGCAGAGAACCCUCAAGGAGAGGGCGAGGAAGGUGUUGGAAUUGGUGCAGAGAUGUGCAAGGGAGGCCCCCGAGAUCCUCGAUGGCGAUGGUAUCGAACGGACCCGCGAGAGCGACGAAGAUAAAGCUUUGAUGCGCAAAGUUGCGGCCGACUCCAUUGUUCUGCUGAAGAAUGAGGGUGGUAUCCUUCCGCUCCAACCGUCAAAACUGAAGAAGAUCGCGAUUGUGGGUGGCAAUGCGAAGGCGUACGUAUUGUCCGGUGGUGGCUCUGCCUCGCUUAAGCCCUCGUACUUCACCUCGCCAUACGAUGGCAUUGUCAGCACGUUGCCCGCGGACGUUGAAGUGACAUAUAGCGAAGGCGCUCGUGCCGUCAUGACUAUGCCCUCUCUCGACUGGGACAUGUUCACCGCCGACGGCAAACGCGGCUGGAUGGGCACUUGGCAUAAACACGAAAGCGAAGAAAGCAUGUCUAUCGUAGAGGAACCAUACGCGACGAACCUGAUCGACGAGACGAGGAUCUUUGUCAGUCUUUCGGCUCCGAAGGGGAUCACAAGGAGGUGGACGUUGAGGCUCAAGGGUCAAUUGAAGCCAAAGACGUAUGCUUGUGACUUCGAGUUUGGGAUGAGUGUAUCGGGGAGGGCGAAGUUGUGGGUGGACGACAAACUCAUCAUCGACAACUGGACCGUUCAACGUCGCGGUGAAGAAUUCUUCGGCUGUGCCUCCAAGGAAGAACGUGGCACGGUCCACAUCCCAGCAAACCACUCUCCCUCCAUCUAUGUCGAAUUCUGUAACGUCCGUGGGCCUGCUCCCGCAGACGGCGACGAAGACGAAGCCGUGAUGGAUGCGAAUGCGGGCAUGAGGCUCGGAGGGGCUGAAGUUCAGGAUGCGGACGAGAGGAUGGAGAGCGCGGUGAAAUUGGCGAAGGAGGCGGAUGUGGUGGUUGCGGUCGUUGGCCUCAAUGCGGAUUGGGAGACGGAGGGAUAUGACAGGAAGACGCUUGGGUUGCCGGGGAGGACGGAUGAGUUGGUGAGGAAGGUAGUGGAGGCGAAUCCGAAGACUGUGGUCGUUACUCAGUCGGGAUCCUCAAUCACUAUGCCUUGGGCGACUUCUGUGCCGGCUGUCGUGCAUGCGUGGUAUGGCGGCAAUGCGACUGGAGAGGCGAUCGCGGAUGUGUUGUUCGGGAAGGUCAACCCUUCGGGGAAGCUUUCCUUGACGUUCCCAAAGAGGGAAGAGGAUCUUCCUUCGUAUGGACAUUUCCACUCAGAAGACGGAAAGGUUCACUAUGGGGAAGGUAUCUUCGUGGGAUACAAACACUGGCUUCACCGCAAGAUCGAACCUGAGUUCGCCUUCGGUCACGGCCUCUCCUACACGACCUUCUCCUACUCCGACCUCAAAGUCGGCAAAUCCACAUUCGCACCCUCUUCUUCAAGCCCCGACAUCAAGACCCCCAUCUCCUUCACGCUCACCAACACCGGUUCCCUCCCCGGCUCCGAAGCCACGCAGCUAUACAUCUCAUUCCCCAGCACUUCAGACCUCACACACCCUCCCCUCCAACUCCGCGCAUUUAAGAAGGUACACAAUCUUGGACCGGGAGAGAGUAAGGUCGUGGAGUUGGAACUGGAUAAGUAUGCGGUAUCGUAUUGGAAUGAGAGGUUGGAGAGGUGGACGGUCGAGAAGGGCAAGUUUGAGGUGUGGGUCGGAGCGAGUAGUGCGAACUUGGGAUUGGAGGGGGUGUUGGAGGUUGAGAAGGCGUUUGAGUGGAAUGGGCUUUGAGGGGUUGGUGUUCGGUGUUCCCAGACAGUGGAGCAGUGGGUCGAGUUUGAGUUCAUGUUAUGUAGUUCGACGUUGUAUGUCCAGUGUAAUGUAUGUAUGCAGAUAUUCCAGGAAGCAAAAUCAAGGUCUCAUCAUUAUGCAUCAUGGUUCAAAAUCGUCCGGACUGGUCUGAUAUACGAAAUGUUCCGUUCCGUAGAGAGCGGCGGUCGUCGCAGCCGCUCCAGCAAGUAACAAGGAAAGUCCACUCCGAGGAAGUCUGUUUGCUUUCUCCAUACCCAUAGCGAAUUGCUCGGCUAUGAGGUACGUCAUGGACCAUGCUAUCCCACAAACACAAACACGGCACCCGAAAAAAGGGGUACGAGGUUAUGGCAUAUGCAGGAGAAAUAGGGGAAGAACGCACCUGUAGCAACACCGGACCCAUUGUAUACGUCUCCUUGACCGAUCAUGUAGCCUGCGCCUGCGAUGGGGAUGCUGAACGCGGCGCGCAGGAUGAAGGGC